GGAUUUAUUGUAACCAAAACAAUCCCGGUCCGAGAUUAUCUUUCGCAAUUUCCAAACACCCUAUUUAUCCGCUAUUGAUUAUCUGUACAAAGGAUACAGUCUACUUCUAGUGUAGAAACCAUCGAAUCCAAGAAGCCUGUGUGUCACCUUUGAUCUGAUGAUGGUCAAGAUCACGUUCCCAAGAUUUGAGAGUUUUGACAUUGAUCCCGCCGGAGACUCCUUCCUCUCUUGGGUAGCUCUCUGAUUCUGUUACCGUCCCUUCUGGAUUCUGCUCCCAAAACAGGGUUUUAGAUUCCUUUCCUAGGCUUUUUACCCCCCCCCCAAAAUUAGACAGCAACAUAAUUUCUUGUUUUUUUCUCUUCUUUUGUCUUUCGGUUUUUCGGUGAAACCCCCAUUAUUGAGGUUGGAAGAUCGGUCGAAGAACCAAGCAGCCCCACCCCCCCCCCAUUUUUCAAAGAUCCUUCCACACAACUGCCCUGUUUAGCAGUCGAUCGAUCGAUCUGAAAACGAAAGCCCUGUUUUUGUUUUUUUUUUGUUGAAUCAGCUCUUCCUUCACCUUGUGUGAUUUCUUCGGCCAUCUGUCCCAACUUACGAGCAGAAAACACCUUCCCAGCUCGACCCAUCACGCCAUUCUCUUUGAUGCUUCCCGAGGACGACGUUCUUGAAUCGCCCCCGUCGUCACAAACCCUAGUCCUCCGGUUUCCAAUCUCCGAAUCGAGGGAGUUCUUUUUUUUUUAUUUUCUAUUUUUAUCCAAAUUAGAGACCGGGAAGGAGGAAUUUCGGCGUUCGGGGCAAAAGGGUCGAUCGAUUCCGCUUGAUCGUCCCCGAAUCUCAUCUUGUUCGACGGAAAGGUGAGAUUUUUGUGUUUCUGGCUUCAAGAGGUGAGCAGGGGAAAAGAUCGAUGAAGUGGGGUCAUUCUCAGCUCAAGACAGGCGAACAGAAGAUUUCAUUUGCAUUGAGAAUCUCCCCGAAGUUCUUGUUGUAGUUGUUUGUGCUGGUGUUGUUUCAUGGAGUCGUUGUUAUCAGCUCAUUUUGUUGUGAUUCUGGUGUCUGUAUUUGCAAUCUGGGCCAUUGUAGUUGAGUCUCAAUCCCAGAAUGCACCCGACGCUCAACUGUCACCUCCACCUUUGAUCCCUCCCCCACCUCCUCCUCCGCUGCCGCCCCCGCCGCCUCCUCCUCCUCCUCCGCCCCCACCGCCUCCUCCGCCGUCUCCAUCCCCACCGCCACCGUCGACACCACCGCCGCCGCCGCCGUCUCCAUUAACUCCCCCCCCUCCGUCGACUUCGCCACCAGACACUCUGCCGUCGCCCCACUUUUUAGGAAAUAACAACAGCACAAAGAGAUCGUCGCAUCCGUCAGAUAAUCGGUGGCAUGGUGCAAAUAAUAACAGAAGCAGGAGGCCCCCGCCACGGGGUGAAGACAAGAUCAAUACAGGCAAGAAGCUGGGGUUGUUAUUUAUUGGCAUAGCUUCGGUUUUGCAGAUUUUCGUCGCGGGGUUUUUGAUAUUUAAGAGAAAGCAGCUGAUGAAAAUUAAGGUUAGAUAUGAAACAUGUCCAUGAGAGUUCGACAUUGGUUCAAUUGAAGUACAAGGGUGGAGAUGUGGUUCAUUGAUGAGAUUGUUUUGUUGGAGGACUAACAGGAGGAGUUCAUUUGUGAAUGGCCAGAGGAACCAUUGAGACGAGAGGUUGUUGAUAGAUAGCAAUUGCAAAUUGACUGUAGCAUACAUCGAUCAUCAGAGACCUUGAUUUUUAUUUUUUAUGUAUCUGUAAUUGGUGAUUGCCGCUUUCUUA